GUUUUUCCUGAAAAUGCGGCGCACUUCACACCCUCGGAGCACCUCCGCAUCUCGGACCUUUUACAAAAUAGCAAACGUCAGUCAUGACGUAUAGCUACUAGCUAAUCAGAAUAGCUUUUGUUCCCAUUCCAAUAUAUAAUCAACUUCUCCGCCCUCCUUCUUUAACUACACUUGUCCAAGCAUCCAUUUUUAAAACACUAACCAAGCAGCAAAUAGUUUAUUAUCUAUUUACUUAGAGCCAUGUUCACCACCUCCCAACAAGGUGGCGCACACAUCUUAGUCUUCCCAUUCUCAAGUUCCGGUCACGUUAUCCCCCUCUUAGACCUAACCCGCAGCCUCCUCAACCGUGGCUUGGUAAUUACAGUUGUCAUCACCACUGACAACCUCCCUUUACUCAACCCUCUCCUUUCCUCUCACUCCCCAACCCAACUACACCACUUAGUCCUUCCGUCCCCGGAUAUCGACGAUGCCUCUUCUACUACACACCCCCUUAUUGCUAAACUACGCUCAAUGCAUGCCCACUAUCCCUUCCUCUUAAACUGGUUCAAGUCCCACGCUUCUCCUCCUCUUGCUAUUAUCUCCGACUUCUUUCUUGGCUGGACUCAUCACCUCGCUUCUCAACUCGGCCUGCCACGUGUCGUCUUCUCACCCUCUGGUGCCUCUGCGUUUUCUGUUUUAACUUCUAUCUGGCAUGACCAGCCACAAAACGAGAACGGUAACUUGGAUUUCGUGGUGUCGUUUCCGAAAAUUCCGAAUUCGCCAUCCUAUCCAUGGUGGCAAAUCUUUCAUAUCUACAGGAUGUCUAAGGAUUCAGACUGGGAAUUUUUUAGAGAUUCUUAUUUGGCUAAUAUAGCGAGCUGGGGUAUCAUUUUCAACUCGUUCACUGAGUUAGAGGGAGUUUACAUUGACCACGUUAAAAAAGAAUUUGGAAAUGACCGCGUGUGGGCCGUCGGUCCAGCUCUACCGUCCAAUGACGAUUUAAUGGGACCCGUUGCUAAUCGGGGUGGGACGAGCUCCGUGCCAUGUCAUGAUGUGCUGACAUGGCUUGAUUCGCGGGAAGAUCUUUCAGUCGUGUACGUUGCAUUUGGGAGCUGGACUGUGUUGACGAGUAAACAAAUGGAAGUGCUGGUAGCAGGAUUAGAGAAAAGUGGAGUGAGUUUUAUAUUGUGUGCAAGGCAAGCAGGUGAUCACAGCGUUCUUCUGGACGGAUUUGAAGAUCGGACGGCUGGUAGAGGUUUUAUUGUGAAAGGAUGGGCUCCACAGGUAGCUAUCUUGAGGCACCGUGCUGUGGGCGCGUUCUUGACUCAUUGCGGCUGGAAUUCGGUGCUUGAAGGGAUAUCAGCGGGAGUAGUGAUGCUGACAUGGCCAAUGAGUGCUGACCAGUUUACAAAUGCACAGUUACUAGCUGAUGAGUUGAAAGUCGGGAUCCGAGUUGGUGAAGCGACUCAGAAGAUACCCGAUUCAGAUGAGUUGGCUCGGAUAUUGGCGGAGUCCGUUAAGAAAAAUCUGCCGGAGAGAGUGAAAGCUAAGGAGCUGCAAGAGGCAGCGUUGAAUGCUGUCAAAGGAGGGAGCUCAGAUGCAGAUUUGGAUGGGUUAGUUAGUAGGUUGAAUGAACUUAAAACCUGAAAUUAAGUGGUGAAAUUGAGAGAUAAGCCUAUUGCUAUUGCUUUUGCUAUAAUACGCACAGAUUAUUAAUUUGUAUUGGUAUUUUAAUUUCAUUUUUUGGGUCUCGAGGGAAGGCAUGAAAGUAUAGGGAAAUACUUGGCAGGCUGGCUGCCCUCCACGGUCCCACCCAUAAAAGCCAAAAUAAAAGUUACAAAAAAUGGAAGAAAACACCUUCCUUCUUUCUUCUUCCCUUUGAA